UUGUUCAGAAACUUAGAAAUAUACGCGCUGCGAAGGUGUUUUGUAAUUUUAAACGUGAACUUGUACAGUUAAUUGUUCUCAAUUGAUAACAAAAUGUAAACAAAUCGUUACUGGGCGACGUAAUGAUUUCUUAUUGCUCUCUCGUCGACUAAGUGUAGUCUCCUUUCUGCAUCAAUUUCAAAAUACUUCACAUUCGAAUGUUGACAGCAAAAAUUUGAAUUGUUAAUUCUUGUGAUUUCUAUUCUGUGUUCGAAUUUAGAAUUAUUAAAACAAUCGCUAAAUCAAGAUGAACUUUGACUUGGAACCGGAGAGGCGAGGCAGUCGUGCGCGCGCAUUGGAAAGAUCGCUCAGCUACUCAGCAGCAAUUGGCAACAACUCGGGCCGAUCCUCUAUAGAGAUACCAUCCAUCGUGAACACGAACGUCUACACCAACGAAGAGUUGAAGAAACACUACCGCAUCUCACAAACUUACGUGGAAGGCAAAGAGAUUUACUUUCCAACGUACGUGAGCAAUGUUGACAACAAUGAAAGUAUACCGUUAAGUGCAUACGAAGCGGCUGCAGAUACUUCUCAGUGCUCCAGUGAAGAUGAACAAAACUAUACAGGACUGACAUUAACUAUAGAUGUGGAACACGACAGCUCUAAAUCUGAAGGCACUAGACAUAUUUCUAACGCUUCUACACAAGCGGUAGCGAGUUCUAACAGCCCACCAAGUGCACCGACGGAAUUGUAUGAAGAUAUUAAUGUAUUGGAAAGCGUUUAUGAUGAAAGCGAGACUGUUGCGACUUCAGCUCACGGGUAUUCGACACCGUAUACGAGAAGAAGGAAAAAAGGAACUCACAGACUUAGACACGGCAGGAAGAUGCGUUCAAGGCGAGUGGUCCUCAAAAAUGGCGAAGAAAACGUACCAGUGAGAAGUAAUAUACCUUCUAAGUCCAUCAAAUACAUGCGAGAUAUCGUUAACACUGUGAUCAACAGCAAGUGGCGAUUCCUCUUACUGGGCAUGGUGUGUGCCCACUUUGUGUUCUGGCUCUUCUUCGCUGCUAUCUGGUAUGCGGUCUCGUCCUCCUACCAAGAUGAUAUUGGUGAUGGGAAGGAGCAUUGUAUUACUGGUACAUCGUCGUUCGCUGGCCUCCUCAUGAUGUCGGUGGAAACGCAGAUGACGAUCGGCUACGGCGCCAGGUACCCCAACGAGGAAUGUCCUGAAGCUAUCAUCAUCAUGGUAUUAGAGAUCGUGGCUGGGACAGCACUCUCGGGGGGUUUAUCCAGUUUGCUGUUCACAAAACUGAUACGACCCAACCGACACAUGUCCUCCGUUGGAUUCAGCAAAAAAGCGACGGUAUGCCUCCGGGAUGGACAGCUGUGCCUACAGUUCCGGGUGUGGGACCUUCAAAACUUGCACAUCAUCAACAGCACCAUAACUGCUUACAUUUUGAAACCUAUCAGAACAUUAGAAGGGGAACUCGUGCAGAAUUACAUCCACCAAUUGAAAUUGAAACAAGCGAAUGCCUUCCUGCUGUGGCCGAUCACGGUGGUUCACGUCAUCGACGCUGAGAGUCCUCUCUAUGACUUCUCCGCUCAGGACAUGAUGGAUUACAGGUUCGAGAUAGUGGUGUGUCUAACUGGCUCCUCCAAGAAUAUGGGGACGGUUACACAAAGCAGAACGUCUUAUCUAUCCAAAGAGAUCAUAUGGGGAUACAGGUUCAAGAAUGUACUGAGGUAUUCAAAGAAACACGAAGCCUACAAGAUCGACGAGGAACAUCUAAAUACAGUUGAGCAAGUCGAGACCCCUCUCUGCAGUCCAAGCACCCUCAAAUCUAUAGAGGUGGACAUCAAAUCAUCCAGAAAUAUCUUGUCUACGCCAACAAACUUAUCUGUUUCUCCUACAGAUUUAUCAUUGAGCCAAGAUGAGUCAUCUAUCCAGGUUGGUGACUCAUUACCUUCCUCUCCCAGUCUGAACAGGAUGGCGGGAACGCAAAGGAGUUUCGGAUGGAACUACAGAAGAAAUUACCCCGAGAAAUAUGUACCAGGUCAAGAGCAGAAAUUGUGAUCUUUAAGAGAAAGAAAAAGUAUAAAUAAUAGAUUUAUUGUAAUGUAAUAUUCCAGUGAUAAGAUUAAAUGUUUAAUAAGUUUCUAAUUA